UUAGGGAGGCCUUUGAGGAGUCCUGGGAGAUCUUCGUGCGCUUCCGGAAGCCGCUGGGUGAUGUGAGCUUACUGGACCUGGACCUCAAAAACUUCGUCGGGGUACCGGACCCAGAUCAUUCGGCCGUCUACAGUAUCGCAGUGGUACCAGUCGAGGAUGGCGACGCAGAUGCCUUGAUGAUGGAGCGCGUCCCUAUGGACCUCUUCGAGAUGCCUCAUCCAGUGGACAUCGAAGCGAUGGUGGUGACCGUGGAGACUUUCGGUGUACUUGGCGCUACUGCAAACGAGAAUGUACCCACCUUCUACUACCUGGAGGAGUUGACUCCAGUGCUUCUUAGCGUGUACCCCGGCACUGUGCAGGGCGGUAGCACUCUGACCGCCAUCGUCGCCAACAAUAGCGCGAUUGACGGCAACACCAGCGCCAACACCAGCGCGAUCACAAUCACGCUUGGGUCCUCGAUCGCCUGUGCCGGCUUGACGGACGUGACAGAUGCGUGGAGUGGCAGCGCCUGGUGGAAUCUAAGCAGUGGGGAGAGGGUUCUCAACUGCACGGUGUCGAAUGGCACUGCUGGCGUGCAUCGAGUGCAGCUGCUCUCCGUGACGCAGGGCCUGGCAGAUCCGUCCAUGGCGCCCAACGUGACAUACCUGCCCACCGUGGAGGACAUCUGGCCCCUGACUGGCUCCCUGGCAGGCGGUACGCCGCUUACGCUGGCGGGAGACGGCCUCGCGGGCAUGCCGUGCGCGGAGAUCACUGUAGGUGGCAUGGCCUGCUCCGAGACGGACGCCUCGCCGCUCGCCGUCGCCUCCGUGGGUCGGGGCGGCGUCGUCUGCCUCACGCCGGACAUGCUGAACGGAACCUCCCUCGAGGAUGCGCCGGAGGAGGUGGAGGUGGAGAUCGUGCUGCUGAGGCCGACCCCCGUGCUCCUCGGGACUUUCGUCUACGCCGCCAGCAUGACCCCGGCCGUCGGCGCCGUGUCGCCCGCCACGCACUCGGCCGGGCUCACCGUGGAGCUCGUCCUCUCGGGGCAGCGCCUGGGCGGGGGCGGCACGCCGCCGGCCGUCACCUUCGGCGGCCGGCCCUGCGUCGUCGAGGAGCACAACGAGUCGCACACGGGCUGCUGGCUGCAGCGUUCUGUGCCCGCGCCGCCCACGAACGCGACGGCGAGGCCCGAGGUGUGGGUCGAGGGGCUGGGUCGUGCAGCCGUCGACUCCUCGGCGACCUUCACGUCCCUGUUUGAGGUGACUGGUGUCUCCCCUGGAUACGCCACCAUCGCCGGCGGAGCGGUCAUCACGGUGACGGGGUCCGGCUUCCACCCCUCCGACCCCUCGAAGCAGGAGGUCUUCCUCGACCUGCCGGACGGGACCGCGCACGCCUGCGCCGUGCUCUCGGGCAGCGACACGGAGCUCCAGUGCCGGCUCGAGUCCCCUGCGGCCGCGGACGACUACAUCUUCAGCUUCUACGACAUGGGCACCGUCCUGGGGCGCAGGCUGUCCUCGGCAGGGGCACGCGGCAGGAUUGACUGUGCACGCGACCGGUCACCGAAGACGAAGGGCCACUGCCUCGCCAAGUCGAUCAUGAACAUGGGCAGGGUGCGCUCCAUGGGCGCUGAGCACUCUCUGGCGAAAGGCCUGACCAAGCUUGCGGCCGUGCCGCCAGCUCACGCGUUCUCGGGACCGCCAGAAGGACGCGCGGCGAGGUCGUCGGGCUCCCCUGCCGGCAGGGGGCCGCCGCAGCAGCCGCCCGCGGGCAGGCGCCUGUCGGUGGCCACGCAGACGACCAGCAGUGCGACGAGCAGCGGCACGGGCACGCUGACCAUCACCACCGAGACCAGCACGCUGACCAGCACGGGGACGAGCACAUCGACGCUGACUCGCACAACCAUUACGAGCACGCUGACCAGCACAACUGCUACGAGCAUCACCACUUCGAGCAGAACGACAGCGACUACCUUAACGACAAUGAGCAGCAUCACGAUGACCAGCACUACGGCUACGAGCACCACGUCGCUGACUAGCACAACCAUUACGAGCACGCUGACCAGCACAACUGCUACAAGCAUCACCGAUUCGAACAGAACGACAUCAAGUACAUCAACCUCAACGAGCAUCAUCACGCUGACCAGCACUACGGCUACGAGCACCAUGUCGCUGACUAGCACAACCAUUACGAGCACGCUGACCAGCACAACUGCUACAAGCAUCACCGAUUCGAACAGAACGACAUCAAGUACAUCAACCGCUUCGAGCAGCAUCACGCCGACCAGCACCACGGUGGCAAGCACCACGCUGUCCAGCACCACGGCGACGAGCACCACGGAGGAGAUUACCACCUCCACGCUGACCAGCACAACGGCUACGAGCAGGAUCUCUUCGAGCGGAGCGACUACGAGUGCCACGCUGACUAGCACAACCGGUUCGAGCACAGGAACGGCGACGGGGACGACCACCUCGAAGCACACCACGUCGGAGAAGCAGGCGCGGGCAGCUGCCCCCGGGGCCGCGACCGGCUUCUGAGCGAGGGAGGGGAAGGGGGAGAGAGUGGACAGGUAAGAGCCUGGACCACGAGUGUCGCGCCCCUGGCAGUCAUGGAGCGAAAGGUCUCCGCCGACUAGCCCAGGGGUUCCUGCCGGGCAUCCUGAAAGCUGAGAUACCUGCUCAGCUCGUGCGCCUGGACCUGGACUGAGUUGCUU